ACCAGUUCCAGCAUGCAGCACGGCUGCAUUUCCUCCCUCCCCUGGCUUCACGGUUACUGGUUCUGACAGCGGCGUUGUCGAGCAUUUGAGCAAUUUUGGCCCGUCGAGAGUGAUCUGUAAGGGUUGGAAUUAGUGCAAAACCAAGAAUGGCUACCUUCAGAUUUGGACAACAUGUCAUUAAGUCCUCUGUUAUUUUCCUGCAAACCGAACUGUCUUUCGCACUCGUGAAUAGGAAGCCAGUGGUUCCUGGACAUGUACUGGUGUGUCCAGUCAGAGUAGUAGAACGUUUUCGAGAUCUUCAACCAGAGGAAAUCACAGACCUGUUUCAGACGAGCCAAAAAGUGGCGAAGGUUGUGGAACAACAUUUCAAAGGGACAUCUUUGACCAUCGCCAUUCAGGAUGGUCCUGAAGCUGGACAGACUGUGAAACACGUGCACAUUCAUAUUCUUCCAAGAAAGAAGGGAGACUUUGCAAGAAAUGACAAUAUCUAUGUGGAGCUCCAGAAGCAUGACCAAAAAAUGUCGGAAGACUCGCACCAGUGGAGGACAGAGGAGGAGAUGGCAUCAGAAGCUGCUGACCUCAGGAAGUACUUCAUCUAGUCAGUGACUGCUAUGCCAAGUGCCCAAGGAGUAUGAAGAAUUCAGAAUAUUAGAGCAAUUUUAUCAAAACAGCUGAUAAAUUACUACAUGUCAACCAGUACUUGAACCUUUAAAGAAACCAGAUUUUUGGUAACAAUAGCCAAUGUUAUACUCAUUGCAUCUUCAGAGCAGAACUGUUUUAAUACUGUGGCAAUGUAUUUGUACUCAAUGAAAAUGUUGCAGUUAUUGCAAUCUAACUUAAUUUCUUAGCUAAUCCUGAUUUAGUUGUUUGGACUAGAACCCAGAUUUUGAUUCAAUGGAAACUGUAUCAUUCAAUAUGGAAACGCCCCUGUUGAUAUUCAUGAUGCUAUUAAAGUUUGCUAUAAAUGUGCGGUGAUUUUCAAACGAUUCUGGUUUUAUGAUAACGAUAAUGAGAAAUUUAUAGCAUAUAAAAAAGCUGAUGGUAAUAUGGCUAUAUAUUCUACCCUUGGAUCAUGAUUGUGACUAAGUACACAUGUGUGACAGAGGCAGAUUUUUUAUAUUUAAAGUAGCCAGUGAAAAAAAGCAUUCAGUUAAACAUUACUGCCUCCUUUAAAUUUGGCCCACUUCAAUAAAUGUUGUA